AUGCCGACUCAAUUCGAGUCACCCAGUAACUCACUGAGUCAACUCGCUCAGAACGUGUUCUCCGACAACAACAGCAACAUCAUGCUCGCAGCCAUUCUAUCCUUGCUCUUAGUCAUCCUCUUCGUCCUCCUACUCCACGUGUAUGCCAAGUGGUUCUUAUCGCAGUCGCAAUUACGUUCUCACACUCGUCGGUGGCGAACUCCGGUGACCAUCUCCGGCGUUUUGGAACCUUCCCAUUUCCGCAGCAUCAACAUAGAAGCGCCACCCUCGUGUACCAAAGGCCUAGAUUCAGCGACAGUUUCAGCAAUUCCGAUGUUUGUGCAGAAAACAGAGGAAACAGAGGAAUUGGAAUGUGUGAUUUGUUUGAGCGUUAUUGAGGAGGGUGAGAUUGGAAGGAGGUUGCCAAUGUGUGGCCACGCUUUUCACGUGGAGUGCAUUGACAUGUGGUUUACUUCACAUUGCAAUUGUCCCAUUUGUAGAGCUCCUGUUGUGUUGAGCGAUGAUUCUCAAUUGGGUUCUGAUGAUGGUGACGGUGUGUUUGAGAUUAUGGUUGUUACACCUGGUUAUGAGAUUAGUGAGAGUGAAAUUGAUGCCAUGAGUGGUUCUGAUCCAGAAACUUCUUCAUCUUUGUUGGGUUUCUCUUUGAAGAGAUUGCUGAGCAAGGUUUUUCCGUCACCUGAUCAUGUAACCGAACUGGAUGCUUCACAAUGA